AUGGCUCUCACCAAUGGAGAGACCGUCACUAUUUCCAUCCGUCGUCCAACGGAGAACCCCACCAUCUAUGUUGCGGGGACCUUCUCGAAUCCCAAAUGGGAGCCCUUGGAGCUCAGCGCCAAAGCCGUAGAGCACAAGGAUGCGGACGGGAACUCUACUAAGACCGAAUACCUCUUCUCCCGGGAUGUUGAAUUGUCCGAGGGUCAAUACCAGUAUCGGUUCAGGGAGGGUUCUGACGGACCGUGGUUCCACGAUGAGGAUGUGAAGCAUGCUGCUGACGACGAAGGCGUCGUCAACAAUAUCCUCACUGUUGCCUCGAGUUCGCCCGCUGCGGCGCCUGUUGCUGCAGAAGCUAAGGCUAUCGAGAAGGAAACCGAAACUCCUCUUGAGAAUGGCACCGGCGAGAAGGCCGAGGAGACCGCGAAAGAGUCCGAGGUGCAAACCACAACGACGACCGAGGCGGUGAAGGAUGAAGCGCCAAAGGAGACUGAUAUCCCUGUGGUUGCUGAGAACGACCUCCGCGCUGAGUCAGAACCCACAACACAGGUGGUGAAGCCGGAGCCUGCUUCCGAAACAUCCAACCAGAGCGGCAUCCAGAAGGACGCCGGAUCACAACCUGCCUCUAACGCAGCCGCAGAACCUAAGACCAACGGCACACACUCUACUGAAGAGAUUCCUGGAUCACAACCUGAUGACGAUGUUGUGGAGAAGGCGGAGCCAGUGGAAGAGAAGGCAGCUGAGGCCUCUUUGGCAACUACAAAAGACGACGAAGACGACAAGCCUGAAGAGAUUCCCAGCACUUCGGUUGAAGUCGAAAAGCCUGAGGCAAAGGAGGUAGAGAAGGCUGAGGAUCAGAAGCCGCAAGUUGUUGAAAUCGUCCCUGCUGCAGUUGAAGAAAAGGCGGAAGCCGCUAAAGAAUUAGACGAGCCAGAGUCUGCCUUCGAAAAGUCUCAGGAAGAAGCUACGCCCGCGCAAACAGUGACGGAGGAAGUGGCUGUUGCGGAAUCUAUCCCAGUGGAGCCAUCUUCAGCCGAACCGACACAUGCCGAGACGGCCCCUACAGAGACAGCCACUGAUGAGGCGCCACUUGCCGAAGAAUCCUCCGAGAAAACAGUGCUUGCGCAGCCUAUCGCUGAAGAGAAGGUUCAAACGACCAUCGAGGACGAGUCACCCUCUCUGAACAACGUGGAAGAACAGCUAGUACAGGAGUCUGUUGAGGCGAAGAAGGCUACCGAUGAGCCAACCGAGGCUUCCGGUGUCGAGCACUCGGCUACCCACGAAGCUGCUGUUGAGGAACCGAUCAAGGCUUCCACCCCUGAGGAGAUUCCUGAAGAUUCUAAGAAGGAAGUUGCUGUAGAGACCCCUGUCGCGGAGUCAUCGACGACCGAGAAGGUCGAAGAGACAGCCCAAGACGCUCAGAAGCAACCAGCUGUUGAAGAAUCCACGAAGGAACCGAUCCACGAGGAACAAGCAACUGAGACAGUUGUUGCCGAGGAACCGGUUAAGGAGACACCGGUCGAGGCAGUUUCUGCAGAGGAGCCUGAGGUGAAAUCCGCAGAAAAGCCUGCCGACGCCGAAGAAUCUGCCAAAGAGACUGUCGUCGACGAGCCAUCUGUUGAGACUGCUUCCACAGAGGAUUCAGCACCUACUGUGGAGGUGACGGUCGCCAAGGAGCCCGAGGCGCAGGCAACGGAAGAGCCAGCAGCUGAUGAAACCAUCAACAAGAAGGUGGAGGCACCAACAGAAGAGCCUACUGCUGCCCAAGAGUCUGCCAAGGAGCCUAUCAGCGAUGAGCCGGCAACCCAGGUGCCUCAGGCCGAAGAAUCAACAAACGGAUCCUCUACCGAAUUGGCAGCAUCAGAAGAAAUCACCGGCAAGGUGGCUGAGACACAUACGGAGGUGUCUACCGCUACUGAAGCACCCGCCAAGGAACCUGUCAGUGAUGAGCCUGCGGUUCAAUCUGCCUCAACCGAGGAGACCGAGAAACCAGCUGAGGAGACCACUCCAGUGGUAGCUGCCGAGGAACCUGAGCCACAGGCAGCCGAAGAAGCUGCUGUUGGGGAGACACCCGCCACAAAGCUCGAAGCACCAACCGAAGAGUCCACCACUGCAGCGGAGCCUGCUAAGGACCCAGUCAGCGAGGAAACGCCGAAUCAAACUCUUUCUGCCGCGGAACCUUCCAAGGAAGCCACAACUGAAGAGGCUUCAAAAGAAGAAGAGCCUACAACCGAAAUAACUUCAGAACCCGCCGUUGUCGAAGCAGAUGCCAAAGAAUCUGUUCAAGACGAAGUUGCCACCGUCACUCUGGCCGAGGACAAGCCGGUCAUUCAGGAGUCUGUUGCUGAAGAGUCUCCUAAGCCCUCGGAAGUGAGCGAACCAGUAGUACCGGAGGUUUCCGCUGAAACUCCUACCACUGAAGAGACUGCCUCCAGCGAAAAGCCUGCGGUAGUGUCAAAGGCUGAAGAGGCAGAGGUUGAGCAACACCCCGUUACCCAGGAACCCGCAAGGGAGUCCCAGGUCGAAGCAAUCGAGGAAAAGGCUCCUGAGUCCAAGGACGAAGCUCCUGCUGUUCCCGAGGCACCUGAGGCACCGGCUACUGAGACGGCCAUUCCUGGACCUGUCAGCGAAUCUCCCGAGGUCGAAGCUGCAGCUAAAGAGCCGGAGACUGUUGAACAGGCCCAGGAACCCAUCGCGACCACCGGAGAGCAAGCUAACGAAGAUGUGACCAUCAACGAGGUCGCCGAAGCUACUGCUACCCAGGAAGCAGUUCCUGCGGAAGUACCUGAGGUGAAGGAAGAAAUUGAAGAACCUGUUGCCGUUACUGACAAGUCCGAAUCGCCCGCCGACGAGCCUACUCUCUGCAAGGACUGCGGUCCCGAGAAGGCCGCGACUGAGGAGGCCGCUGCCCAGGAGACUGAGACCAGCGAGGAGCCCGUUGAAGAAACCAAGGCCACUGAAGUGACUAUUGAAGAGCCAAGUGCAGUGGAGACAACUGAAUCCGCCCCGGUUGAGGAGGCCGUUGAGCCAGAGACAGUGAACGAACCCGAAGCAGUGGCACCGGUUGCUGAAGAAUUCGUCGAAACCGCGGUCGCUCAGGAGGACGCUACUGAGAAGGAGCUUGCUGAAGAGGCAGCCCCUAAGGAUGUGUCAGUACAGGAACCCCCUACUGCUGAGGAAGUUGUGUCUUCGAAGCCCGCAACGGAGGAUCCUGGCUCAGAGCCGCAGACCAGCGAAGUGACUGAGCCUGCUGCGCAGGAAGCCACCCCUCAGGCACCUGCUCAAGACGAAGUUGCCGAGGCGGCAGUGACUGAAGAACAGCAGGGAGAUGAGUCCAUCGACAAGGAAUCUCCUGAGGAAUCAGUGGCUGAGAGCGUUGUUGAGGAAACUGCACCAGUAGAACCUACAGUGACCGAAGCGGUUGUCUCCACUCCUGCUGUUGAUGACCCUGCAAAGAAUGAGACUCCCAAAGACGUAGUGUCUGAAGAGCCCUCUCAGGAGUCAACUUCCGAGGAACCAGCUGUCCAGGAGGCGGCCCCUGAAGCGGUUACUCCUACCCCCUCGUCCGAUGAGCCUGCAGUGGAGAAGCAAGUCGAAGCCCCUGCUGCGGUCGAGGAAGCCCAAGAAGAAGAGGAACCCGCGGAGCACCCCGCAGUCAGCGAACCACAAGAGGAGCUCGCAGCAGAGCAAGUCCCCACCAAGGAUGUUGCUGAGGAGCCAGCCGCAGAAGAAGCGAUCAAGCACACAGAGGAGACAGAGGCGGCUAAGCCGGUGGUUGAAUCUGCUGCCGAGUCGGCCGUCGAACCCACCACUGAGCCUGUUGAGUCUGUGGAGCCCGUUGCUGAGCCCGUUGCUGAGCCCCCCGUCGCUGAGCCCGUCGCUGAGCCCGUCGCUGAGCCCGUGACUGAGAAGCAAAGCGAGGCUCAAGAGGUUGAAGAGACUACCGACGGAGCGGGGCCGGAGGCCGUCAAGGAGGAUUCUACUGAGACAGCAGCAGAACCUGAGGUCAAUGGCGUGGUCAGCAGCACUGGCGAGGUAGACCAAUCUCUGACUGGUGAAGAGGAGGCCGCUAAGGUUGAAUCCGAACCAGUAACCUCUGAGAAACCCGAGGCGGAAGAGUCUGCCCCUGUUUCUAAUGGCGACUCUUCGGUUGAGAAAGACGUCGAUCCUUCCGCUCAGUCUGUUCCUCCAGUUCAGAAUGCCACUCCCGAGCUCACCGUGGAGACCGCCAAGGACUCAGAAGAGAAAGACUCGAUUGUGACUCCUGAACUCAUUGGAGCUGGUGCCGCGGCUGCCAUCGCUGCUGGUGCUGUUGUUGCUGGAGUCGCUUCCAAGUCUCACAAAGAGCCUGAAGUCGUUGCUACACCUAAGGACAUCGUGAACACCAAGGAACCGUCUCAGCCUAAUGACGGCAAGCCGGAAACUUCUCACCUCGUACCUGCAGCCCAGACCGCCAGCAAUAAGCACGCGGACUCCUCCACUUCAAAGGACAUGCCCACACCCGAGCCUGAAAGUGAUCCUGCUCUCGUAGCACUUGCUGGCGACCGCGAAGCUCUGCUCCGAAAGUUGGAGUUGCCUUCCACUGAACAGUUACCUGCGGAACCUACUUCGUCCACCAGCGAUGACCAGGUUGUGAAGCCGGCCAGUCACGAGCGCGCUCCUGCGUCUACCGACGUCCCCUCCAUCGCGACCGAGUCUUCUGCUCCUACGGAGGGCGAUGCCGGCAAGGCAGUAGCCCCCAAGAAUAACGAGGAGCCUCGUUCUCCCAGUCAAAAUCGGUCAGUCACUGCUGUUUCCUUGAACCAUAAGCGAGACAGCUGGUUGAGGACUAUUUUGCGUGCCGUCUUUGGCAAUUUCUUCGGCGCCAUCUUCUCGCCCUUCCGCCGUCGUGGAGGGACGAACCAGUAG